AAAAUAUAUGUCAUUCCUGUGGUAAGAGGAAGCUGAAUGCCGCUAGAAAUUUUUGCAAGCUUUAGGAGAGGAAGAGUUCAGUUUAGGAAAACAAUCGUUUCAGAUGAUCUGAAGGGUAUUGGAUGGAACCUAGGUUCAUCACAAAAGAGGACGUGAGAGACAAGAAUGAAUGCUUUCUGUCUGGUGGAGAAAUUUGAGGAUAGUCUCCCUUGCCUGAAAAGCGGUGAUUAAAAUUGGCACUUGCUUACAGGAGUGAAAAACAGAUCUUGUUCCUCUUCCCUCUGUCAUUUUGUUAAUUAUAAAUUAUGGAGGAUGAAGAUAAAAGAAUUACAUGUGAAGAUUCAGAACCAUCCAAAGGAGUGAAUCUCAUGGCCUCUAUGCAUCAAGAAACACAGGAGGAGACAGUUAUGAAUCUCAAAGGUAUAGAUGCAAAUGAACCAACAGAAGGAAGUAUCCUAUUGGAUAGCAGUGAAAAAAAGCUACAAGAAACACCAACUGAAGCAAAUCACGUACAAAAACUGAGACAAAUGCUGGCUUGCCCUCCACAUGGUUUACUGGACAAGGUCAUAACAAACGUUACCAUUAUUGUUCUUCUGUGGGCUGUGGUUUGGUCAAUUACUGGCAGUGAAUGUCUUCCUGGAGGAAACCUAUUUGGAGUUAUAAUUCUAUUCUAUUGUGCCAUCACUGGAGGUAAACUUUUGGAGCUUAUUAAGUUACCUACAUUGCCUCCACUGCCUUCUCUUCUUGGCAUGCUGCUUGCAGGGUUUCUCAUCAGAAAUAUCCCAGUCAUCAAUGAUAAUGUACAGAUUAAGCACAAAUGGUCCUCCUCUUUGAGAAGCAUAGCCCUGUCUAUCAUCCUGGUUCGUGCUGGCCUUGGUCUGGAUUCAAAGGCCCUGAAGAAGUUGAAGGGUGUUUGUGUAAGACUGUCCAUGGGUCCCUGUAUUGUGGAGGCGUGCACAUCUGCUCUUCUUUCCCAUUACCUGCUGGGUUUACCAUGGCAAUGGGGAUUUAUACUGGGUUUUGUUUUAGGUGCUGUAUCUCCAGCAGUUGUGGUACCGUCAAUGCUCCUUUUACAGGGAGGAGGCUAUGGUGUUGAGAAAGGUGUCCCAACCUUACUCAUGGCAGCUGGCAGCUUCGAUGACAUUCUGGCUAUCACUGGCUUCAACACCUGCUUGGGCAUAGCCUUUUCCACAGGCUCCACUGUCUUUAAUGUCCUCAGAGGAGUUUUGGAGGUGGUAAUUGGUGUGGCAACUGGAUCUGUUCUAGGAUUUUUCAUUCAAUACUUUCCAAGCCGUGACCAGGACAAACUUGUGUGUAGGAGAACAUUCCUUGUGUUGGGGUUGUCUGUGCUAGCCGUGUUCAGCAGUGUGCAUUUUGGUUUCCCUGGAUCAGGAGGACUGUGCACGUUGGUCAUAGCUUUCCUUGCAGGCAUGGGAUGGACCAGCGAAAAGGCAGAGGUUGAAAAGAUAAUUGCAGUUGCCUGGGACAUUUUUCAGCCCCUUCUCUUUGGGCUAAUUGGAGCAGAGGUUUCUAUUGCAUCUCUCAGACCAGAAACUGUAGGCCUUUGUGUUGCCACCGUAGGCAUUGCAGUGUUAAUACGAAUUUUGACUACCUUUCUGAUGGUGUGUUUUGCUGGUUUUAACUUAAAGGAAAAGAUAUUUAUAUCUUUUGCAUGGCUUCCAAAGGCCACAGUUCAGGCUGCAAUAGGAUCUGUGGCUUUGGACACAGCAAGGUCACAUGGAGAGAAACAAUUAGAAGACUAUGGAAUGGACGUGUUGACAGUGGCAUUUUUGUCCAUCCUCAUCACAGCCCCAAUUGGAAGUCUCCUUAUUGGUUUACUAGGCCCCAGGCUUCUCCAGAAAGUUGAACAUCAAAAUAAUGAUGAAGAAGUUCAAGGAGAGACUUCUGUGCAAGUUUAAAGGUGAAAAGAAUGCCGAACAUAAUGGUUAAAAAGCUGCUACUUUUUUCAAGAUGUAUAUUGAAAAAUGUAAUGUUUAAACUUAAAAUGUAAUAGAACCAAGUGUAGCCAUUUCUUUAAACAGCAUUUUUAGCCCUUACUCUUUCCAUGUGGGUGGUAAUGGUCUACGUCACCAACCCCAAUCUCUCUACCUUUUUUUUUCAAACAGCCCUUUAUUAACCAUUUUAAUUUGAAUAAGGACAUAUCUACUUUAAUGUACUACCACAGUUUACAGGUAACAUGGGAAACAUCAGUUUCAGUAUCCUUUUCAGCUGGGAUUACUCUUUUAACUUUCACAGUUUCAUGAUUCAUUUUUGCUCAGGCUCUGAUGCCUUGAAUUGGUUUUGGGUCUUCUUAUUUUAUUUUGUUUUUGUUGUUAAACAUCAUAAUGCCAUCUCUCAUGAAUUUCUACCCUCAUUUUCCCUAAUAAUCUGCCUCUUCUUUCUACCUCCUUCAGUACCUUUCUCUGAAUUACUGUAACUGAUUGGUCCCACCAAAAUUGUAAAGUACAUGAAGUAUCUUCAUCGGUUCAUCCUCUUGCCUCCUCUAGAUGUCAAAAAACUUUAUCCUGACCCCUAGCUGACCACCCAGGUUCUUUUAUUUCAGUGGCCUGUGUGACUCGACCUUCCCCAAGGAGUGCCCUAAUCCGGCCCUUUUUCAAAUUUGUUUCUUAUGACCCAUAUCUUUAGGUUCUUCCCAUUUCUAGGCAGGAGAUAGAUAAGUCUCAAAUCUAUGCCAGACUCAUAAAUAUUAUAUUAGGGUAAUGUGCUACAAUGAAGAAAGGAAAAAUACAGUGCCUAAAAGAAAAUAGAAUUCUGUUUCCCUCUAAUGAAA